UUGCCUAUGUAACUCAAUACCGAUUAGACAUUUGUAACAUCAUACAAUAACCCCUUAGUCUGGGAAACUAGAAAUGUAAGUCUCCCAAAUCAGGAACAUGAAAUAAUGCCACUCAUCACCCACUGCUCUUAUCAUAUCACGUGUUUAUACCCACUGCACUAAUAUAACUUCAACCCUCGACAUAGAUAAACAUUUUUUUUUAUGAAUUAUACACUUCCUAAUACAAGUAAAAUCAGUCAUCAACCCUACUUAUGUCCGUUCACAGCAAUGUUUAAAAACUAACAGCAACAUUCCAAAGUUAGGCCACACACAUAUACUUUCAAUCACACCCAAAUUUUAUUAGAGAUAUAUUCACGGACGUUAUCCCAAUGUUAUAUGAAUAAUAUUCAAAGAAUGCAACCAGGUCUAUGAUACGAACACCGAGAUAGCGUUUGUACCAGCAGUAUUUAGCCACGAGUACUGUAUAGUUAUUGGCAAGAGAUGUGUCAGUCAAGAGGAGAAGGCAUGCCCUCUUGCCUGUGCGUGGUCCUCUUAUUGAACGCAGGUAGUCGGGGAGGUUCAGACAUACCUAAAAGCACCAUGUGACACGGACAAAACCUGCACACACCUGCAUGGACGUGCUACAGCAACCCCCGUGACCUAAAAACCGGUUUCCACACUAUUUAAACCGUCCAGUCAGUGCACAGCAUGCAGCAGGAGCUACCUGAAAAAGUUAGUUUUGUAAAUCCCUAUCUGCUUCUGAAGUCCACAAGAGAAAAUCACUGCACAGUGACGCCGCAGAUCGUCCAGCACGUAAGAACGAUACCCGUGAGUACACACCACUGCAUCUCGCUCUGGCAAUGGGUUCCCUGUUCCGGAGCGAGGCGAUGUGCCUGGCGCAGCUGUUCCUGCAGAGCGAGGCUGCCUACAGCUGCGUGAGCGAGCUGGGCGAGCUUGGCCUCGUGCAGUUCCGAGACCUGAAUGCUGGCGUCAAUCUCUUCCAGAGGAAGUACGUGAACGACGUACGGCGAUGCGAGGAGAUGGAGAGGAUCCUGCGGUUCUUGGAGAAGGAAAUUGCCAAGUCUAACAUGACCGUGAAGAUACAACACAGCAAGCAGGAGGCCCCACUGCCACGGGAAAUGAUAGAUCUGGAGUCCCUUCUCGAGAGGCUGGAGAUGGAGCUAAAGGAGGUCAACUCAAACCAGGAGAUGCUGAAAUUGAACUUCCUGGAACUCACAGAGCUACAACAACUUCUGGACAAGAUAAACGACUUCUUCCAGGCUGCUGAUUUCAGCAUGUUUGAGACCGGAGUGACAGACGAGAUGCAGAGGCUGAUGGAUGUGCCAUCGGCCGCAGGACAACUGGGCAACAUUCUCAAGCUUGGCUUCCUCACGGGUGUGGUCAUGCGUGAUCGAGUGUCGGCCUUCGAGCGGCUGCUGUGGCGCUUCUGCCACGGGAAUGUGUUGUUCCGGCACUCUGAGAUCGAGACGCCGCUCGAGGAUCCCGUCACGGGAGAGCAAAUAUACAAGAACAUGUUCAUUGUGUUUUUCCAAGGAGACCAGCUGAAGAGCAAAGUAAACAAAAUUUGUGAUGGAUUCCGAGCCACCAUCUAUCCGUGCCCAGAUUCAAUUCAGGAGCGCACGGACAUGAGGGCGAAUGUCAACACACGCAUUGAGGACCUAAAGUCGGUGCUGGGCCAGACGGAGAUGCACAGGCAGCAAGCCUUGGCCUCAGCUGCUGAGACUCUCUAUGAGUGGAGAACCAAAGUACAGAAGAUGAAGGCUAUCUACCACACACUCAACAUGUGCAACAUUGAUGUCACUCAGAAGUGUCACAUUGCUGAAAUUUGGUGUCCUGUCUUGGACCUCCAGACCAUCCAGGCCGCCCUCGUUUCUGGCACGGAGAAGAGCGGGGCCGUGAUGCCCCCCAUACUCAACCGCAUGACCACCAAUCAGCUUCCACCCACCUUCAAUCGCACCAACAAGUUCACUUCAGGCUUUCAGAACAUCGUGGAUGCGUAUGGCGUGAGCAAAUACCUCGAGAUCAACCCUGCUCCCUACACUAUCAUCACCUUCCCCUUCCUGUUCGCUGUGAUGUUCGGGGAUUUCGGCCAUGGGUUGAUCAUGUUCCUAGCAGCGUUAUUCAUGGUGAUCUACGAGAAGAGCCUCACUGAGACCAAGUCAGACAAUGAGAUCUGGAAUACAUUUUUCGGUGGCCGCUACAUCAUCCUGCUGAUGGGAGCCUUCUCCAUGUACACCGGCCUCAUCUACAAUGACUGCUUCUCCAAGGCCUUCGACAUAUUCGGCUCCAGCUGGAGUGUUAAUGCCAUGUUCCAUCCCACAGGACCAUGGGGAAAUCAUACUAUACACCAUUCGAGCGUGCUUCAGCUGGAUCCUGCUAUCCCUGGAGUUUAUUCUGGCCAGCCGUAUCCCUUUGGCCUUGACCCCAUAUGGAAUGUGGCUGUGAACAAGCUGACUUUUUUAAACUCGUACAAGAUGAAGAUGUCCGUCAUCCUGGGUAUUAUCCAGAUGACGUUUGGAGUGGUACUGGGGCUUUUCAACCAUACGUUCUUCCAUCAGCCAGAGAACGUUGUACUGCAAUUCAUCCCAGAAAUGAUCUUCAUGCUGGCACUCUUUGGCUACCUAUUGAUCAUGAUCGUGUACAAGUGGUGCGUGUUUGGUGCAGCCAACUCGCAGGCAGCACCAAGCAUCCUCAUCCACUUUAUCAACAUGUUCCUCUUCAGCUACGGGGAGGAUUCGCCCCCAUUUCUCUACAACAGCCAGCAAGAAGUUCAGACUUUCCUCGUGGUUUUGGCUGUGAUAACCGUGCCCUGGAUGCUCCUUAUCAAGCCCUUUGUGUUGAGAGCCAAGCAUCGCAAGUCAAAUCGUAACGUAAGGGAUGUUUCAUACAGGACUGUGGCAAAUGGAGAUGAAGUGGAGGUGCAAAUGCUCCCCACAAAGGACACAGAACAUGACGACGGAGAGAACGGGGAGCAUGAAAGAGAUGGGGGCCAUGGGCAUGGGCAUGGCCAUGGGCAUGGCCAUGAUGAGGAGUUCAACUUUGCUGAUGAGUUUGUGCACCAAGCUAUCCACACCAUCGAGUACUGCCUGGGCUGCAUCUCCAACACAGCUUCCUACUUGCGUCUCUGGGCCCUCAGCCUGGCACAUGCAGAGCUUUCAGAAGUUCUCUGGCACAUGGUGUUGCACAUUGGGCUGCACAAAAACAGCUUUAAAGGCUGCGUGGGGAUAUUCCUCAUCUUCGCAGCCUUCGCUGUGCUCACAGUCGCCAUCCUGCUCGUAAUGGAGGGUCUCUCUGCCUUCUUGCAUGCACUUCGUCUGCACUGGGUUGAGUUCCAGAACAAGUUCUACCAAGGAUCGGGCUACAAAUUUGCACCAUUUUCCUUUACGACCAUUCUAGAGGGACCAACAGAGGACUAGAACAAUCCUACGUAAUUAUUUUUCAACGGUUGCAUUUCUUGGUUAUAAUUACAACAAAAAAUCUAAACCUAAACACCAUAAUGCACUCUGUCAGUGAUAAAAUAAACAGAUAUUUAAAAUUACAAAACACAGUAUCCAUACUUUUGCAUCUUGAGUUUUAACAUGACCAAUUAAAUUAUAUAUCAUUUUGAACUUCGUCCUCUGUUUUAAUGCAGUGUGAUCACUACAUAUUAGGUAACAGGAACAUGUUGUUUGCCAGCAGUACUGUACAUACAGAAGUACUAUAUAUAUAAGCACUGUUUAUGGAUUUAUAACUUGUGCUAAUUUAAAAUUAUUGGUUGGCUCCAUUGCAUUAAAGUGACAGUCUUGAUUCGUCUUUGUGUGAGUGUCCUUUUAACGUCUUUAGAUUAUCCAAUGCAGCGGCUUCAAUUUAGUUUUUACUUAAAAAUGCUGCUUAAAGAUUAAAAGUGGCAACCAAUAAUGACUACCAGCUGUUCUAGAAAAGCAUCCUUUCUUCUCAGACAGAUGUGGUUAAAUUCGUGGAUUUAUCAUGUACGUAGGAGAAACCAUUUUCCUCUGUUGAUUAACUGAAAUAAUGUAAUGGAAAAAAAUACAUUAAUACGAGACUUGAAAGGCUUUUUUUAAUCUGUAUUUGUGGGCUGUAAGUUGGUCCAUGAUACCCCAUGCAGUUGGGAUGGAGGACUCUGUUUCCUUGAUGUGAUUUAUUGCUCUCUCUGAAGAAGAAUGCCCGUUUAAUCUCAAUACAUGCUAAGGCCUGUGAAGGUUGGUAAUUAAUGCCAAAAGCUAUAUAUUUAUAAUCUUGGCGAACCCAGUAUGUUGCAUUGUUAAAUUAAAUUCAGUUAUAUCACAGUUGUAUCUGUGGGAUACGAAAUCAUAAUUAAUAUAUUUGAGAUGUUGCAAUGGUCACUGAAUUAAAAUAGAAUCUGAAAUUACUCCUGUAAUUAUACAAGCCUCAUUACCAAUGUGUACUUAAUACAGUUCUUUUUAGCACAACGGAAUAGUUGAUGCAUUGAAUUAAGCAACGUGGUGCAGGUUACAGAAAACCAAAACCAGACCUGGAACACAUUUUAAUGGUCCUACGUGCAUAUACUUUAAGGGUAUAAAGUUUAUGUAGAUAUGAAACACAUGUGAACAUCGAGUGAAAAUAUGUUGAUUCGGACCUUACAUACAGUAAGGUCUGCACAGUACACACAUUGUGUACAAUACAUUUGAAGAAUUAGGUCGUAUAUAGCAACGAUAUGUUAUACAUUGACGAUAUGCUGCUUGUGUUGUACAGUCGUUCAAAGAGAUGGUUCCAAUUAUUGGUGUCAAUUAAUUGAAAAGCAGGAGUCAAGUGCAAGAAGCCUCAGACAACGCUCAUCCAUAUUCUUGGUUCUUUCGGUAAAGUCACGUAGAAGGGAAACAAUAACAUAAUAGAAAUAUAAAACAAUAAAAA